AUGGCAAAUUUUACGUUACCACAAAACAUCAGAAGUAUGACCAAAUGCAAUUCUUUCCUGUGGAACUCUUCGAUAUCUAUCCAAGACGCAACUAUUGACAACAACACAUCACUGUGUAACUUUACGUCGGCAGCCAACUGGUCUGUCAUAACCGAGAUUGAUUACGGAGCCUCAUGGGUGUAUUUCUACCUUAUCCCGAUUAUUUCAUCGUUUGGCCUUAUCGGGAACACGCUGUCCUUUAUAGUGGUGAUCCAGCUGUCUAGAGUCUCGUCGUUCUACCUCUAUCUAGCGGUGCUGGCCCUGUCUGAUAGUGUAGUUUUAAUACUUUUGGGGUUCCUAUAUUAUAUUGACACCAGUGUAUUCUUGUCGGCACAUAAAGAUACACCACGUAAUUAUUACUCUCCUUUUUAUAUAUGUUAUAUCAUAUUCUCUCAGUAUUCUUCCUGGAUCAUAGUUGCCCUAAGUGUCGAUCGAUAUAUUGCCGUCUGUCAUCCAUUGAAAGUCAAAACAUUCUGUACCAGAAAAAGGGCGAUCACCACUACAAUGUGUAUAUUCCUGGCAAUCUUUGCCCUCGACUUUCCGUUGUUUUGUUUCAAAUGGAAUGAUGAUAACACUUCUUGCCUUUUUCCAGCGAAAUCUAUUCACUUUACUGCGGAAUAUUUUAAUAUAAUCGAUCUACCUACCUACGCGAUGGUACCCGUUGCUAUUAUAUUGGUACUAAGUAUACUAAUUAUCCGAGGUCUUUAUAUUGCUAAUAAACGUAGACAACACUUAUCAAACAACUUGACAUCAGGCAGAAUGAAGAUAAAGUCUUCAACGUUGAAAACAAUGGUAUUACUGAUGGCUACCGUGCUGAUAUUCUUCAUGACGUCACUUCCUGUGAUAUGCGUAAUGACCUAUACCCUAGCUGCUGACGUAGGAUUUACAGUUUUUAUGCAUUCCAAUCCAUACAUCAUAUGUAUGAUUGACGUUUUAUCUGCCCUGAAUCAUGCUGCUAAUUUCGCACUCUAUGGUCUGACAGGGACAACUUUUAGGGAAGAAUUACUAAAACUGUUUUGUCGGUCCCGUUUCAGGGGGGUGACAGGUUGAUGGUAGCAUUCAACUGUUUACACUAAAAACAUAGCUUAAUUUUUUCAUCGAUUCAAAUUUCCCAUGUUUUAACAAAAGUAUCGAGACAGGCGUUAAUCAAUAACUGAGGCCAACGGCUAUAGGUUUUACAAAAUGACUACACUUAAUUUUCAAAAACUAAAUUAAA